AUGAAUACUCUUGCCAUCCUCUCCAGACGGGCUGCAUUGACAGUCGCCAGAACACAAUCCCAGUCCUCCUGCGUCCCUCGCAUGAUUCCUCGUAUGCUCCUGAGUACUAGUACUGCUGCCGCCGCACCACCACAACCCUUUGCCGUCGAAUCUCCCGAAGGACCUUCGGAUUUGGAACGUGCCGACAACCUUGAUUGGGACGAAUUCGCCGUCGACUAUGAGAUCAUGUCGGGGCACAACAUCAAAAUCAAGGAAGAUCGAGCCGCUGCGGCCAUGAGGGGUCGUACUGCUGCACCACAACCCUUUGCAGUCGAAUCUCCCGAAGGACCUUCCGAUUUGGAACGGGCCGAGAAUCUCGACUGGUAUGAAUUUGCCGUCGACUAUGAAAUCAUGUCGGGGCAUAAUAUCAAAAUCAAGGAAGGUCGAGCGGAUGCCGCCAAGACUUUUGCGGUCGAGUCCCCCGAUGGUACCACAGAUGCCGAAAUGAUGGACACGGCCCAAUGGGACGAGCAAGCCAUUGAGCGAGAGCUCAAGUCUGGGCUUGCUUCUGAAAUCAUACGAGACCGUAAAGAAGCAGCCAAGGUGUUUGCAGUUGAAUCUCCCGAAGGUCCUUCGGAUUUGGAACGUGCUGACAACCUUGACUGGGACGAAUUCGCCGUCGACUAUGAAAUCAUGUCGGGGCACAACAUCAAGAUCAAGGAAGGUCGAGCAGCUGCUGCCAAGGUUUUGGCAGUGGAUGCUCCGGAUGGAACUCCAGAUGCGGAACUGGCGGACAUUGCCCAAUGGGACGAAGCAGUGAUCGACUAUGCGGCAGAACAUGAAGAUUUGGCGGAAGUUCAUCGCAUUCACAAGCUUGAACAAGAUGUCCGCAGAGAGACAGCUCUGGAUGCCGAGCGCAUUUGGUAA